AUGAAAGCCCAAGGUCCAGAGAGGAAAACGUCACACAGCCGGUGGGCAGCCAAGUGUGGGCUCUGCGAGAUGGCAGCCAUCCUCUGCACGCAAGCUGACCUUGACGGAAAGGGCUCAUGCAUGCAGCCGCUGUCUCGAGCUGCACCGGGGUCGGCCGAAGGUUAUACAUGGUCCGAGCUGUGGACAGCCCGGCGACAGACACGUGGGGGAGCGGACUGGCCAGCGCGCACGCGUCCCGGUCACGUGAGGCCGGCUUCGGGGCGCGCAGGCAGUUGGGGGUCGGGGACUCCCUUCUCCCGGCGGCCGCCGCCCCCGCGUCCCGCCCGCGCUACUCACCCUAGGCGCCGAGCCUCCGGGGACCCGGGAGGGGAGGACGAGGAGGAGGGCGGCGGCGGCGAGGACCCCCGGCACCUCCAGCAGCUCCACCAGCACACGGGCUGCACUGGACACCUCCGGCGCGCUGGCUUUGUGCUCACGCGUCACUUCCGGGCGGAACGCGCUCGCAGCCCCGCCCCCAGGCCGCUCGCAGCCCCGCCCCCUGGCCGCUCGCAGCCCCGCCCCCUGGCCGCUCGCAGCCCCGCCCCGCGCAGGACCCCGCGCCUGAGCGCCCGGCCCGCAGCCCCCUCGCCGCCCACCUCGGCCCCCACGCGGGGCACCAUGGCCUCGGGGACUGGCACGCGCAGGUCCUCCCCGCCGCCUGGCUCGCGGACGUGA